AUGAAGUCCGACCUCAAAGCGCCUCAAAAGGAGGACGCCGUCACCCCUCAAACCAUUCCGCCGCCAAACUGGCCCUCAGACGUCACCUACCUAACCGACCAGACCUACUCCUCAGCAGUAGACGUCGAACUACGCAGCAAACUAAGCAGGAGUCCCUCAGACAAUAUCUCCUGGAUCAAACUCGCCUCAAACCUCAUCAUCACCCCUUGCCCGCUCGUCGCCAUCACCACCAUCGCCGAUGAGAAACACCCAGCACAUGGACAGCGAGGCCUGUUCGCCGUGCAGCACUUGAUCCCGGAUAGUUUCGUCUGUUUGUAUCUGGGGCAUGUGCAUACGAAUAGUAUGAGCGAUACGGAUCCGCAUUCGGACUAUGAUCUUACUGAUCUUGUGGCAUGCCUCGACCGCGAGAUCGGACUGAGUGUCGACGCCGCCAAGUCAGGCAACGAGUCGAGAUGUGCGAAUGACUACCGCGGGGUCGCUGAGAGGCCCAACGCCGAGUUUCGUGACUGUUUCAUUCAGGUUCCAUCCGUGAAGCGGGCGGGUGGAUUGAGAUGGGAACGCCGAGUGGGCAUCUUUGUGCUCUCGGCUGGGAAGGCUGGGAAGAGGAAGGCCGGGAUCAAGGCAGGAGAGGAGAUUCUUGUUAGUUAUGGCAAGGGGUUCUGGGAAGGCCGCAAGACGAUAGCAACUUUCAGGAAAGACUUCGAGAUGUUGCGGAUUGCGGAGGCUGCGUUGGAGGCGUGA